AUGGAUAGCGAUCUUUCCUCAGUGGAAUUAGACGCGGAAGUCUACGAAGAAAGUCCCGAUCUUCCUGAAGACAGCCCUUACGGUUCGGACCGAGAAGAAGAUGAUGAAUACCAAUAUACUCCCGAAAUCGAAGAGGAUGACGAAAAAGUACAGCCUAGCGGCAGCAGUCGGUCCAAGAGAGGUGCUGCAAGAAGCACAGAUGAGUAUGACCCAGCAGGUCGGACUGCUGGCCAAAAAAGAGUGGUGGAGGACGACUUUGAAGAACCAAGCUCAAGUCCAGCAAAGAGAAGUCGUAGGAAUGCUGGAAUCGACUUGCAAAACCUAGAUGACGAAGACGAAGACGACGGCUAUGGCGACGACGACGUUCAUGGAGAAGAAGGGCAACAGGAUGGUGGAGAUGAAGCAGACGCAGCUAUCAAUGCCAGUGCCAGUGCCAGUGCCAGUGCCAGUGAGCAGGAAAAGGCCGAAAGGCCCCAAGAUUCGAACAAAACUAGUCGCAGCAAAAUAAUGAUGGAACUGCUGGAUAAUUCGUCUCGCAGAAAUUCAAAACUCUCGGAAAAAGAGCUGCAAUUGCGGCGUGCAGAAAACGCUCGUAAGCGUAAGAAUCUGAGCGAGAAAAAGCUGGAAGAGGAAAAACAAGACACUAUCAAUAAGCUGCUGCGAAGACGGGCGGGCCGGACCCGAGGCCCCGUUCCAGCUGACCGCGACAAGAAAUCUGAGGACCCACAAGACGAGAACGCUGAAUUCACAAAGCCCAGAAGGUCCUACAAUUCCAAAGGUAUGGUUCGAAUUCUACAAAACGCCAAUGAGACGGUUUAUGCAACAUUUUAG